CAUGCGCGGUGUGAUAGAUGGCGGUCGGGGCGUGGUGACGUCUUUCUAGGUUCUCCUCCAUCCGGGUCCCUCAGGUUGUUUGUUUAUUGCGCUGAGGGGGGCGGCGGCGGGUCUCCGCUGAGGGAGAAAAGAGCGCGCGCUGCCAGCCGCUAAGCCAACGGCUGCACCUUCUUCCCGCCCACGCGCUGAGAAAGACCCUAGAGCGCAAUUUUGGGCAAUUGCUCUUUUGCCCUGAAGAGUUGCAUUUUGUCUCCUGCCUUGUUCAACUGUGUGUAGGGCCAUUGCCAUGUUUUUCAGAGAGCUGAAAAAUGUCUGGAUUUCUUGAGACCAUGAGAUGCUCAGAGUGUGUUGACUGGGGAGAAAAGCGAAAUACAAUUGCAUCAGUUGCUGCUGGUGUGCUGUUUUUUACAGGCUGGUGGAUUAUCAUAGAUGCAGCUGUUAAAUAUCCUCAGAUGGAAGACUUCAACCAUUCAUACCAUGCUUGUGGAGUUAUAGCAACUAUUGCAUUCCUAAUGAUCAAUGCAGUAUCCAAUGGACAAGUCCGUGGUGACAGUUACAGUGAAGGCUGUCUUGGGCAAACAGGUGCUCGCAUCUGGCUGUUCAUUGGUUUUAUGAUGGCUUUUGGAUCUCUGAUUGCUUCCAUGUGGAUCCUCUUUGGAGGCUAUGUUGUUAAAGAAAAACCACUAGUGUACCCAGGAAUAGCUGUCUUUUUCCAGAAUGCAUUUAUCUUUUUUGGAGGGCUGGUCUUUAAAUUUGGCCGCACUGAAGACUUGUGGCAGUGAAUGUGUCUGCAGAAGUGAGUCAAGCCCUAUGAUUUUUUUUACGGCACACACCUGAUUUUAUUUUAUUUUUUUUGGUAAUACGAUUUUGUAAAUGCUAGCUCUUGAGCUAUUUCUGAGGAUAAAAAGUAAAAUAUAAAAUCAGGAGGCAAUAAAAUUUCCAUUCUCUGUUCUGUUAAACUUUUUUUUACUGUUCUUAGAUGUUGAUUUUGUGUUAAAGCGUAUUUGACUGAAAUGUAAAACUAAUAGGGAAAGUGUAACAAUGGAAGACACUCUUGUGGAAUGUUUGUUACAAAUAAAUAAUAUAGAGGAAUAAUGGCUGUAUUUAACCCAGUGUUCUGCACUGUAUCUGAGCUCUAAAACUGCAAUUAAAAGUACUUUAAAACAUU